AUGGCUCAUCUCACUCCGGACCCAGUGCUGCUUCAUGCACGUUUACGGCCGACCGGUUUGGCCUGCAUCGACCUGGCAACCAACCGCAGAUGGACGUAUUUGGAACUCGAUGCCGACAUUCAGCGCGCGGCCUCCGUAUUGUGCGGACAAGGGGUUCAGACCGGCGAUAGAGUGGCGACCAUCUCAGCCAACAGCGUCCAUCAGAUCAUUUUACAGCAAGCACUCAUGAGGCUGGGAGCAAUCUUCGUUCCACUCAACUGGCGUCUUGCUCAAGCCGAACUCACAAAGCUGUUGGUGGAUUGCGCCCCGGCCAUUCUCUUCACGGAUCUUGUCCCGCCAGAACUGCCUCUCGGCUGCCAGCACAUUGGCUUUUCAAAUUUGUUUGCAGCUGUGGAUGCUGCAGAACAAGCGCCUCGCUUGGAUGCAAGGCCCGCGGACGAGACGUGCGUUGUUCUCUACACGUCGGGGACGUCCGGGGCACCCAAAGGUGUCAUGUUGAACGCCCGGUGUAUCUUGGCAACGACAAUCAACUUCAGCAUUCUGGCAGAGGUCGACACCGGGAGCGUCUUCCUCUGCGACGGGCCCAUGUUCCAUUUCAUGGGUCUUAUUGCUCAGAUCUGGCCACCUCUAAUGCGAGGCGGUACAAUCGUUGUGUCUCCCAAGUUCAAUGCCGACCUUACCAAUGCUCGUCUUGGCGAUGCAUGUCUGCAAGUUACGCAUUACUUUUGCGUACCUCAAAUGGCCGAGGCCCUUGCCCGCGCACCCAAUUUCAACACGACAGAGUGGCUCACUCUCAAGGCGCUUUUUACGGGCGGAGCCCCCAACCCCCCAGCUCGUAUCAAAUGGUGGCUGAGCCGUGGAAUCCGCAUGGUCGAUGGGUACGGUUCGACCGAAGUGGGCACAGUCUCUGGCAUGCCACACUGCCCAGAGCUCAUCGACGUCAAGGCGGGCUCUGUGGGCCUCCCGGGCCCGUUGACGGCAGUCCGGGUGGUAGACGAACGGGACAAGGAUGUUCCAGUCGGUGCACCGGGGGAGAUCAUUGUGUCUGGUCCGAGCGUCACUCCGGGGUAUUGGAAUCGGCCAGAAGAGAACCUUGCCGCUUUCACGGGAGACGGGUGGUUCCGCACUGGUGACAUCGGGCGGGUCGACGAGGACGGGUACGUCUUUUUGAUUGACAGACGUAAAAACAUGUUCAUCUCGGGGGGAGAAAACGUGUACCCUGCCGAAGUCGAGGCCGCGAUGGCUGAGCACCCUGGCGUGGUCGGUGUUGCAGUUAUCGGUGUGCCGGAUCAGCUCUGGGGCGAAGCCGGGCGCGCAUUCAUAAUUGCGGCGCCCGGCACUCAGCUUACCCAUGAAGACAUGAUUGAACAUUGCCGUUCACGAAUUGCCCGGUAUAAGGUGCCAAGAGAGAUUAUUCUUGUUGAACAAUUCCCUCGAACAGGGUCGGGCAAGGUUCAAAAGCAUCUUCUGACAGAGGACUCUGUAGCAAGAUUGUAG